GAUCCGCUUAGCCUAUAUCAGACGCGAGCCCCUCCUGCGCCGCCUCCUCCUCCUCCUCUCUCUCGCUCAAUCGAUCGGUGGGACUCGCGCAAUGCUCCUUCUCACUUCCGCCAUUCCUUCUGAGUGGAAGAAAACUUUUCCUUUAAUGUGAUUCUACCUCAGAUAAUAUGGAGCAUCACAAUUUUAAGCCCGCUAAACCGAGGAUCCUUUUAGCUGUUUCUGGAAGUGUUGCUGCUAUUAAAUUUGAGAUUUUAUGUCGUUGCUUUUUGGAGUGGGCAGAAAUUAGGGCUGUUGCUACCAAAUCAUCCUUGCAUUUCAUUGACAGGAGAGCACUACCUAGUAAUGUGCCUUUUUACACGGACGAGGAUGAAUGGACUAGUUGGAAAAAGAUUGGAGAUGAGGUGUUGCACAUUGAGCUUCGUAAAUGGGCCGAUAUCAUGGUGAUUGCGCCACUUUCAGCAAAUACUCUCGCUAAGAUUGCUGGAGGGUUGUGUGACAACCUACUAACAUGCGUCGUGCGAGCAUGGGAUUACCGCAAGCCAAUAUAUGUUGCUCCUGCUAUGAACACCUGCAUGUGGAACAACCCUUUUACAAAGCAUCAUCUGGAAGUAAUUAGACGAUUUGGUUUCCGUUUCCUUUCCGUCACCGAUCCCAUUACCAGGACACCAGCGUGUGGAGAUCAUGGAAACGGUUUAAUGUUGGAACCUCAUGUUAUAUUCAGUAUCGUGAGGCUUUCAUACAAGUCACUAGCUUCUGGGCCAAGUUGAUUCUUAAUCAAGUGAUCUUCUAUGCAAAUUCUGUUAUUUGGUUCAGUUUGUAAUCAUGAAUCUUCAGCUUGUUUGAUAUGCAAGCGAAUAGUCAUUUUAGUUCUCUUGCUUGGACUUUCUCUUAAACUUUGUCCUAGAUCCUACCUUUCGUAACAGGUAGCUUGAGACAGUUGUCUGGAUCAUAUGUACCACUGCGAACAAGUUCGAUAUCGACUUCUUGUCCAAUAACACAAGUUUACUUGAA